CCUCGCCCACGCUCCCAGCUCGGGGGGCCCCUCGGCACCCCCCCGCCCGCACCCCCCAUGCACUGCCCGGCCCGGGGGGGCCCCCCCGCCACGUGAGGGGGGGCAGGGCCACCUCCCCUUUCCCCCCCCGUUCCCGCAGUCCCCAGCCCAGCCAUGAUGUUCCGGGACCAGGUGGGGAUCGUGGCCGGCUGGUUCCGGGGCUGGAGCGAGUGUGAGCAGACGGUAGCACUGCUGGCGCUGCUCAAGCGCGUCACCCGCACCCAGGCCCGCUUCCUGCAGCUCUGCCUCGAGCACUCACUGGCCGACUGCCCCGACAUCCACCUGCUGGAGGCCGAGGCCAACAGCGCCGCUGCCAUCUCCCAGUGGCCGCAGGAGCCGGCCGAGGCGGCGGUGGCCCUGCUGCUGGCCCACCUGCCGCUGCUGCAGCCGGGCAACGCAGCGGCCAAGGCCGAGUACAUGAAGCGGCUGCAGAAGGUGCUGGCGGACGCCAUCGAGAGCAAUCGCUGCGUGGAGGAGUCGCGGCAGCUGCUGUCCUACGCCCUCAUCCACCCGGCCACCACGGCUGAUGACCGCAGUGCGCUGGCCCUGUGGCUCGGACACCUGGAGGAGCGCCUGGCCCCCCCCGGCCCCAACCCGCCGGGGCCCCCCCAGCGCCGGCCCCCAGCCCACGAGUGGCCCCCCGAGCCCCCCGAGCCAGGGGGCGGUGGCGGGGGAAGUGGCACGGCGGGGGGAGGGGGGGUAGCGUGGGCAGAGCAGCAUCCCCCGGGCACGGCCCCCCGGGAGAAUGGACACCCCCCCUUCCAGCCCCCCGGAGGUACCGGGAGAGCAGGGUGGAUCCUGGGGGGAGACGGGGAAACAGCUCUGCCGUGCCAACUGCACCCCAGCCCCCUGAAGCGCUCGCUGGUGCUGGUGCCCGGCAGCCCCCAGCCCGGCCCGGGCGGUGACUGGGCGGGGUCGGGGGGGCCCGAGGACCCCCCUGCGGCUCCCCCCCGCGGCCCCCCCCCACCAUUCGGGGACCACGCGCCGCUGUCCCCGCAGAGCAGCGUGGCCUCGUCGGGCAGCGAGCACACUGAGGAGCCCGGUGGGCGCAACUCCUUCCAGGAGGACGGCAGCGGCAUGAAGGAUGUCCCCUCGUGGCUGAAGAGCCUGCGGCUUCACAAGUACGCGGCGCUGUUCGCACAGAUGAGCUACGAGGAGAUGAUGACGCUGACAGAGCAUCACCUGGAGUCACAGAACGUCACCAAGGGUGCCCGGCACAAGAUUGCCCUGAGCAUCCAAAAGCUGCGGGAGCGGCAGAGCGUCCUCAGGGCACUGGAGAAGGACAUUCUCGAAGGGGGCAACCUGUGGACGGCGCUGCAGGAGCUGCAGCAGAUCCUGGUGACCCCCAUCAAGGCCUUCCGGCCCCCCCCGGCCACACCCCCACCCCCCGGGCCCCCCCCGGACGGGGCACCCCCCGAGACCUUCACACCCUCCCCUGCCCCCGACACCGAGGCCCCUGCGGCCCCGGUCCCUGACGGGGACAUCCCGGGCCAGUUCACGCGCGUCAUGGGCAAGGUGUGCACCCAGCUCCUGGUGUCGCGGCCGGACGAGGAGAAUAUCACCAGUUACCUCCAGCUGCUCGAGAAGUGCCUGAGCCAUGAGGCGUUCACGGAGACGCAGAAGAAGCGGCUCCAGUCCUGGAAGCAGCAGGUGCUGAAGCUGCUCCGCGCCUUCCCCAAGAAGGGGCCCCUGGACGGCCCCCCUGGAUACCGGGCCCCCAAAAGCUGGGCCUUCGGCUCCAACUCUCUCCCCAUAGCUGGCUCUGUGGGGGGGGGGGCGGCGAGGGGGGGCCGCCCCUUCGCGCUGCCCCCCCGGGCCCUGCCUCCCCCCGCCCGCCUGGGGCUGCUGGGACCCCCCGGGGGGGCCCCUGCCCCCCGACCCCCCCUCGGAGCCCCCCCCAUGGGCACACAGGGACGGCAGAGCCUUUGGUUUGCGGCCGGAGGGGGCCCAGGGGGGUCCCCUGGGAGCCGCGGGGCCGUGCAGAGAACGCACUCGCUGCCCGUGCACAGCUCGGCCCUGCUCGCCUUCCCCCAGGAGUGUCCCCCCCCCGGGACAGACCUGGAGAUCAACCCCACGCUGGAGUCACUGUGUCUGAGCAUGACCGAGCACGCGCUGGGGGACGGCACAGACAAAACCUCCACCAUCUGAUGGCGCCGCCGCCCCCUCCCAAAACUGGGGGAGCACCUCCUUAACACCCCCGCCCCGAACCCCCCCGGAGGGUCCCAAAAACACCUGGGGGGGGGGGGGGUGGGCAGAUUCCCCCAACCACCACGCUCGGGUUUUUGGGGGGGUCCCCGGUGAGGGAGGGGCCCCCCAAGGCCGAUGACCUCACGGGGGUCGGGGGGGCCAUGACACUACAGAGGGGGGGGGCUUUUUUGGUGGGGGGCAGCAGUGGGAGGGUUGUGUUUCCCCUGUUUUUAAAAAUCCCAGGAUUUGAGGGAUUUUUGGAUUUUCCUUUUUUUCGUUUUUUUUUCUUUUUUUUUUUUUUUUUGCCUCUUUAUUAUUAUUAUAUUAUUAUUAAUUAAUUAUUUCUCUCCUGGCCCCCGCGGGGGGGGGGGGGGAUGUGGGGGGGAAACUACGACGACACCCACCCCAAAUUUAGGUACAACACCACCCCCCACCCCCGGGGUGGGGGUACCCCGGCCCCCCCUCGGUACAGCCCCUCCCCCACCCGCCCCUCCUCCCCCUCCUUUGUAGCGCCGCGACCCCAAAAUAGAAAGACAAAAAUCGUUAUUUUAGAUACAUUUUAUUAUGAAUCCUUUUGUUAUGAUAUGGCUGGUAACCAUUGACCUUAUUAAACACAAAAACCAC